CUCGCAUCUUUUAAUUCUCCAUCAACACCGUAAAGCCCAGCUUCUAUCACAGCCCCGUUGAUUUCCCACUUCGAGGCCCUCUCAUUCAUCUCCAGUCUCAACCGUCUAUCCUAAUCUCUUGCCUCGACCAAGAUGUCUUUCGCACGCCAGAUGUUCGGCCAGGUGCCACGCAGGGCGUUCUCCGCCUCCGCAAGACAGUCCUCCAAAGUGACCAUCCUCGGUGCGGCUGGUGGUAUUGGACAACCUCUGUCCCUGCUCAUGAAGCUGAACCCCCGUGUCUCUCAACUUGCCCUCUACGAUAUCCGCCUCGGCCCAGGUGUCGCAGCUGAUAUCAGCCACAUCAACACCAAGAGCACCGUCAAGGGUUACGAUCCCACCCCUUCAGGCCUCAAAGAAGCUCUCACGGGGGCUGAAGUCGUCCUUAUUCCAGCUGGUGUUCCCCGAAAGCCAGGCAUGACUCGUGACGAUCUCUUCAACACAAACGCAAGCAUUGUCCGUGACCUCGCAAAGGCUGCCGCCGACGCCGCUCCCAACGCUAACAUCCUCGUCAUCUCCAACCCUGUCAACUCUACCGUCCCCAUUGUUGCAGAAAUUUUCAAGAGCAAGGGAGUCUAUAACCCAAAGCGUCUGUUCGGCGUCACUACUCUUGAUGUCGUCAGAGCCUCUCGAUUUGUUUCAGAGAUCAAAGGAACUGACCCUGCUGAUGAGAACAUUACUGUUGUUGGUGGUCACUCCGGUGUCACUAUCGUGCCCCUGAUCUCCCAGUCUGGCCACACCGACAUCACUGGCGAAAAGCUUGACAACUUGGUAAACCGCAUCCAGUUUGGCGGUGACGAAGUUGUCAAGGCCAAGGAUGGCGCGGGCUCUGCUACACUUUCCAUGGCCAUGGCUGGUGCUCGCUUCGCUGAGAGUCUCUUGAAAGCUGCUCAGGGUGAGAAGGGUGUCGUUGAACCCACCUUUGUCGACAGCCCCUUGUACAAAGACCAAGGCGUCGAAUUCUUCGCGUCCAAGGUCGAACUUGGCCCCGAUGGCGUCCAGAAGAUUCUCGACGUAGGCAAGAUCACCAAGCACGAGGAGGGUCUACUUGAGGCUGCAUUGAGCGAUCUCAAGAAGAACAUCCAAAAGGGCGUUGACUUUGUCAAAGCCAACCCAUAGAAGAUGACCUGACGGUCGGACUCCAGCUAUUGACGUGUACCAAAAGCAAUUCCGAGGACCCUGAGAUGAGGUGAAUGCUUUGUGCCCGUACUUCAGAUAAGAACUUUUGUUUGAACCCACUGAAAAAAUGAUCCGACUUUCAGAUAUACCCGGACCACUCCCAUACUGUCUUCUACUAUUGUGUCCUG